AUGGCAUCACAAAGGAACAGGGCUCCGUAUGGUUCGGUCCAGGACCAAGUGGGACCGGACCAUAAUCCAUUUGGUCUGACUUGGUCAGUUUUUAAAAAAUUUAAUGAUCCGAACUGGUCUUGGCUGGAAAAUGUUUUUUAAGAAAUUCUGACAGGAUUUCAACAGUCAAGAAAUGUCGCCAUGAUGUGAUUUGGACUGUAGAAGACGUAUCUAGAGAACUUGUUAGUUAUCGUAAUCGGUUUGAUUUGCUCCAGUCCGAAAUGACGCAUCACCUCAAGAAGCUUCCUCAAUAGAAAAAGUGGUCCAGCAUAAAAAAAGUAACAGAAUAACGUGACGAACUAUUUUUAUCAUUGGUCAGCCAAUAAGCAGAAAAAAAUUUUCAUGAUCUGAAUUGGUCCUGGUCCCAUGCCUUUAUACGGAGAAUGAUCCGCAGCGGUCCUGGUCCCAUGCCUUUAUACGGAGAAUGAUCCGCAGCGGUCCUGGUCCCAAAAAGUUAUAGUCCGAUUUCAAAAAUUGGGACCAAACCGGACCAUACGGAGCCCUGCUAAGGAACUUUGAAAUUCAAGAACAGAAAUUGUAAGAAUCAUGUCUGCAAGCGGUUACCUAAAGCAGAGAAUAUUGUGUGUAUAAAGACGUUAUAUUUUCUUAUUCUAUAUUUUUUCUUUGUAAAUUGAGUAUAAAACUGCUAUUAAAAUCAUUGUUUCAAUUUAUUAUUGAAAAACAAAUUCGAGCUUUCGCCAACUCACAGUCAGCAUCAUCAGGAAUGAUAUCAGUGUUCGAAACAAUGUAAGAAACAGAGAAGAGAUAAAAAGAAG